AUGCCGGUCAACCUCCCGCAAGCGGCGGUUGUGCUCAGCAUGGACUGCAAGCCCAGGCGGUCAACACCCGGCAGAGACGCCCACGGCUACACAGCAGCCACUCACCUCGUCAGCGCUGAGCAUUCUCGGAGCGUGCUCUGUGAAGCGGCAAAGCAGGGGAGACGAGAGGCAAAACGACGGGCACCCAAACCCAAGCUGGCCGCACCGAAACUGGCCAAACGGGAGGAGUACUUGCUCGACAACACCGAGGCGCGCGAGCACUGGCAGGUGGCGCCGCUGACGAGCAUCGGAUACUAUGCAAAGGGUGUCCCAAAGUCAUGGGCGGAGGUGGAGAGGGGGAAGGGCCUGCCGAAGCCUGCCUCAGUGGCUGUGAUGGACGAGUGCGCACGCCUGGCCCGGUAUGGCGAUGUCGGCCCCUUCACUCUGCCGCCGACCGUGCUUGGCCUCUACCCAAACCUGAAGGAGGCGGGGAGCGGGUGGAUGGGCGCGCCUGACAUGGCCAGCCGAGUGGGGAACAUGGGCGGCAGGCCGAAGAGCGCAAGCAAUUGGCUGUCGCUGACCACGAUAUACACAAACCGCAACUAUUUCGCCUCGUACUGGUAUGGCCGGACGGAUGGCCGGCAUUACUUUUACGACUCCAUGUUUGGCAAGCGAUCGGGGAAAAUGAACGCGGCCGUAUGGACCGAGGACAUUCGCUGGCGCAUCGUGGGCAGGGUGCGGUACAUGAUCCACUGUGGGUUUAUGCCGGCAGGUGGGCCCACGUCCCCCCCCAUCUAUGUGUCGCACCCCCGCCAGCAGGACAUGGACUCGUGCGGGGUUCUGUUGUGCUGCAUGGCCAGCUGGAUUAUUCACGGCACGGUGGGGGAGCGCAAUGCAAAGGAGGCGCUUGUGCUCCCGGCCACGUAUUCCACCAGUCAGGUCAACGUUGCGCGCUGGACGAUCAUGUGGACCAUUCUGCACGGGAAAGCCUUGAACAUCACGGCCGUGGGCAAGGAUCGAGCGGGCACGGAAGGCUGGGCAGCCCCUAUGGGCGACGUGACCAGCUGGGUGGCCGGUGACGGAAACCACCGGCGGCCACAAGUGCAGCGACCUGCGCGGCAGAGGUGA